CAUUCUUCGAAUGGCCACUUUUUUGUAUAAAAAGACAAAGGACGAGUUAGUAGUCAGUUCAAAAUCGAAAAUGGAUCACAAACAGUUCUAUUCGAUUUUGUUUUGUAUCCUCGUAGGGAGCACUUUGGGGCAUGAAUACCAACGAGCAAAAUAUUUUGCGCCCCAAUCAAGUUCUAAACUCUCCCAUCUCACAAAACGAGCUGCCGAUGAUAAUAGCAAGCAAUGCCAAUUAGAUUGCAGUGGUGUUAAACCGAAAGGAAAUAUAGAAUUGUAUUUUAACUCCACAACAUACAUAAUUGCUGUCGUCAAUAUAACAGCAAGAGUUGCUUGGAUUUUCGACUUUAAUACAAAUAUAUCACUAAUAGCAGAUGGUAAUACUGGAGGAGGCAUUGUCUUUAAUGUUGAGACUAAUGAUGGACUAUACAUCAAAUCUAGUAAGAAUCCUCUCCUUUGGCUUCCCGGUGUAUUAUUUGAAGACUACUCUUCAAGUAUAGUUUCCCUUAAAGCACUGCUGACCUUAGAUGGAGUUAAAUUUAACUUAAAAAAACCUGGUACAGAACAAUUAACAGUAAUAAACCAACUUGUUAUCAAACUGGCUUUAAACCUAGACUUUAGCCAUGAUAAUAGUGCUGGUCUCAACUUAAUAGUAAGAAUCGUGAAGAAUUUCCAAAGUUUCCAUUCAGGAAGUCUUAAUCACCUCUACAAAAUACUUACAGGAGUUGUAAAGAUUCGUGUGACAGGAGAUAUUGCAUUUUUGGUCAGUGUUCUGGGUGGUUUAGCUAUUAUCGUGGAGAAACUUGGUGGAGUAGAUGCUUUACUCAAGGCUGGCGUGACAUUAGAUCUAAAUGGACUUCUAGGUGCAGACAACGGUAUCGAAGCUCUUAUCAACAUCCUUCUUGCUUUAGGAGGUAAAGUCGAUCUGGCACCCUUGGCAGGCAUUCUUAAUAACGUUGAGAGUCUUUUGGGAUUAAUUUUACAAUUAGGAGGAGGUUUAGUAACAGGAGUUACUGGUGUUGUAAAAGUACUACUUACAAUUCUUGGAGUAGUUUCAAAGAAACUUGAUCUUAAAGAUCUGUUGCAAGUACUUAUUGAAUUCGCUGCUGCCAAAGGAGAAGGAGUCACCAUCGAAAUUAAGGUAUAUCUCGGUGCCUUAUUGAAUGUCUUAAAACAACUAAAUCUUGGAGAGCUACUAUCUGGACUCGUUUCAACAGUGGAGAAGAUUCUAGGCGGAACUUUGAUAAUACUUGGUGUCAACAUUGCGGCAAUUUUGGACCUAUUAAUAUCUGUAGAACUAUUAAAACUCACAUUAAUCGUGAGAGUAUUAUUGUUGCUUGGAUCAGUUGUGAAGACAGUACUAUCACUUCCUGCUCUUCUCUUCCAUCUAAUAGGACUACUUACAUCAACAGUUGGAAUAACUCUUCUGCUUUCUCUUGGACUCGUCAAAAAGAUUGUGUCAGUUACAGAUAUUGUUAAGGAGAUCGCCAAGAGCCAAGUAAAAAUUCUCUUAAACGUAUUAAAUCCAAUUGGACUACUGAAGAGUAUUCCUUUCGUUGGAGACAUAUAUAUUGAAGUUAGUGUUACCGUUAAAACUGCUAGCGGUGGCAAAGAGGACUUGGAUUCUUCAGUAAAAUCUGAUCAUAGCUUCUUAGGAAAUCUUGUAAUUUGGGUUAAGGGAUUACUAGGCGUCGAUGGUGUUACUACACCAAAACCUACCACAACUACAACUGAUGCUUCUGGAGGCUGGGGUAAUGGAGUAUUUGGAAAAAUAAUUGGUGGAAUCUUUGGUGGAAAUAGCGGAUCAGGAGGUUCAUCAGGAGGUGGAUCAGGAGGUUCAUCAGGAGGUGGAUCAGGAGGUUCAUCAGGAGGUGGAUCAGGAGGUUCAUCAGGAGGCGGAUCAGGAGGUGGAUCAGGAGGUGGUACCGGAUCAGGAGGUAUUGGUAUAGACAUCGGUAUUGGUGGUGGUAGUAAAGGAAGCGGAAGUGGUAGUGGAAGCGGAAGUGGUAGCGGAAGCGGUAGCGGAAGCGGAAGUGGUAGCGGAAGCGGAAGUGGUAGCGGAAGUGGAAGCGGAAGUCAAGGCGGAAGCGGAAAUCAAGGCGGAAGCGGAGGGGGAAGUAUAAGCAUCGGAGGCGGAAGUGGAAGCGGAAGUGAUGGAAAGGGAAGCGGAAGUGGAAGUGGAAGUGGAAGCGGAAGCGGAAGUGGAAGUGGAAGCGGAAGUGGAAGUGGAAGUGGAAGCGGAAGUCACGGCGGAAGUAUAAGCAUCGGAGGUGGAACUGGAAGCGGAAGUGGUGGAAGUGGAAGCGGAAGUGCUGGAAGUGGAAGCGGAAGUGGAAAUGGAGGCGGAAGCGGAAGUGGAAGCGGAAGUGGAAGCACAGGUGGAAGCGGAAGUGGAAGCACAGGUGGAAGCGGAAGUGGAAGCUCAGGUGGAAGCGGAAGUGGAAGCGGAAAGGGUGGUUGGAAUAUAGGUGGAGGUAUUGGCGGAAUUAUUGGUAUAGGCGGAGGCGGAAGCGGAAACAAGGGUGGAAGUGGAAGCGGAACCGGAAGCGGAACUGGAAGCGGAACAGGAACUGGAAGCGCUGGCGGAAGCGGAUCUAAAGGCGGUAGCUGGAGCUGGUCCUGGGGCACAGGCGGUGAAAGUUCAACCGAAAGUGGUGGAAAGGGCAGCGGAAGUGGUAGCGUAGGAGGAAGUGGAAGCGGAAGCUCAGGAGGAAGUGGAAGCGGAAGCUCAGGAGGAAGUGGAAGCGGAAGUGGAGGAGCAGGCGGAAGUGGAGGAUCAAGCGGAAGCGGAUCUACAGGCGGAAAAACUGGUUGGGGUUGGUCUCUAGGCCUUGGCGGUUCAAGCGGAAGUGGUGGAAGUGGAAGCGGAAGUGGUGGAAGUGGAAGUGGAAGCGGUAGCGGAAGCGGAAGUGGUAGCGGAAGCGGUAGCGGAAGUGGAAGUGGAGGAGGAAGUGGAAGUGGAAGUGGAUCUGCUGGCGGAAAACUUGGUUGGUCCUGGGGUGGUAGUAGUUCAGCCGGCGGCAGCACUGGAGGUCACAAAGGCUGGUCAUGGAGUGCAAAAAGCCACGAAGGUCACAAAAAUCACCACGAUAGACACCACAAAGCUGAAAAACAACAAUAACUUACUACGAAUAACUAAAUUUUAAGUCUUCCAUUUUGUACAUAUCUACUGUAAAUAAAUAUUAUGCGUCGACAA